AUUGUUGUUGUUGUUUUUGCUACUAUGGGAAAGAAGCACAAGAAACACAAGGCGGAGAAGGCGGAAUGGAGGUCUACGUCCGCCCCGGCCGUCACCGCCGCUGGGACUGGCGCCGCUGGUUAUGACGAUUAUGUGGAUAAACCCUUGGAGAAGCCAUUGAAGUUGGUGUUGAAAGUUGGAGGUAGUGAAGUGACAGAGCUUUCAGGAUCAGGACAUGAUUCCAGUUAUUAUGAUGACCGAUCAGACCACGAGAGAGAGCGACAUAAGGAAAAGAAGAAGAAAAAGAAAAAGAAAUCUGAUAAAGAGAAAGAAAAGCACCUUGAUGAUGAGGAGAGACGGAAGAGAAAGGAGGAGAAGAAAAGAAAAAGGGAAAAGGAGCAUUGUGAUACUGAGGGUGAAAUGGAUGACUUUGAUCCUGGAAAGAAAGUAGAGGUUGAGCCGCCCUCUGAUCGUCCAGUCCGGUCCUGUAGAACCCAACCUGCAGAAAAUGAGAGCACACCUAUCCAGCAAUUAUUGGAACAUUUUCUUCGCCAGUUACAGAGGAAAGAUCCUCAUGGGUUUUUUGCUUUUCCAGUCACGGAUGCUAUUGCUCCUGGAUAUUCCAUGAUAAUAAAACAUCCUAUGGAUUUUGGCACAAUGAAAGAGAAAAUUGCAGCAAAUGAGUACAAGUCAAUAACAGAGUUCAAGGCAGAUUUUAAAUUGAUGUGUGACAACGCCAUGACGUACAACAGACCAGACACUGUGUACUACAAACUGGCCAAGAAGAUCCUCCAUACAGGCUUUAAGAUGAUGAGCAAACAGGCAGCUCUUUUGGGCGACGAAGACCCAGCUGUUGAGGAGCCUGUGCCCGAAGUCGUUCCUGUGCAUGUAGAGACUACCAAGAAAUCCAAAAAGCCAAGCAAAGAAGUUAUUAGUUGUAUAUUUGAACCAGAAGGAAAUGCAUGCAGUCUAACAGACAGCACAGCUGAAGAACAUGUCCUGGCUUUGGUGGAACAUGCAGCAGAUGAAGCCCGGGACCGGAUCAAUCGAUGUCUCCCCAACAGCAAGAUAGGCUACCUGAAAAAGAAUGGUGAUGGGUCCUUGGUCUUCAGUGUGCUCAAUCCGUCAGAUCCAGAAGCAGAAGAGGAGGAAGCCCAUCCAGUGGAUCUGAGUUCUCUGUCAAGCAAGUUGUUACCUGGUUUCACAGCACUGGGCUUUAAAGAUGAAAGAAGGCACAAAGUUACAUUUCUUUCGAGUGCUAAUACAGCGAUUUCUAUGCAAAACCACUCUAUCUUUCAUGAUCUGAAAGCGGAUGAAAUGGAACUGCUGUAUUCAGCAUACGGAGAUGAAACUGGGAUCCAAUGUGCUUUAAGUUUGCAGGAGUUUGUGAAAGAUUCUGGUAGUUACAGUAAAAAAAUAGUGGAUGACCUGCUGGAUCAGAUCACUGGUGGAGAUCAUUCCAAAACUAUUUACCAGCUAAAGCAAAGGAGAAACAUUCCAGUAAAGCCACCAGAUGAAGUCAAAAUACCACCAGUCCUCAUAAAAGAAGAACACAAAUUGCGCAAUACUUGCCCAGAUGCCUCCAAGCAAAGUAUGGUUGGAGAAGCCAUUGGAGACAAUGCUAGUUCUGUUUUGGAUUUUUUAUCUAUGAAGCCGUAUUCAGAUGUGUCACUUGAUAUAUCCAUGUUAAGUUCGUUGGGUAAAGUAAAGAAGGAACUUGAUCAUGAUGACAAUCAUUUACACUUGGAUGAAACAACCAAAUUACUACAGGACCUUCAUGAGGCACAGACUGACAGAGUUGGAUCCAGGCCUUCUUCCAACCUCAGUUCCCUCUCUAAUGCUUCAGAAAGGGAUCAACACCAUCUAGGAAGCCCGUCUCACUUAAGUGUAGGAGAACAACAAGACAUGGUCCAUGACCCCUAUGAAUUUCUUCAAUCUCCAGAACCUACAAAUGCCAAUAACUAAUGUCACGUAUACAGUAUUUAAUUUGUGCUCUUUAAACAUCUGUAAUGUUUUACAGAUUUCCAUCAAAUAGUAUGCAUUUCAAUUUGUCCUCUUUUUUUGUAUGAGGAUUGCUGUGUAAUAAUGCUUGUGCAUAUAUUUGUAAAUUUUACUUGAGUAAUAGUAUAUCAUGGUAUUUGCCCCCAUCUCAUGCAGUAUUUUAGGGAUAAGUAGAAUAGAUCUGAGGAAGCAGUUGCGAAUUACGUAUUAAGAAACCUAAUUUAUAUUUUAAAAAAGUGCUAACCAGCUGUUUAUCAUGCUGUCAAUCAUUAAAUGUUUUAUACUUUGUGUACAACUGUGGCCAUAUAGAAACUCUUCUAGGAAGGGUAUUUUUCAGUGGUAAUUCAGGUUUCAGAACUGUGGCUGUCUUCCAUAUUCUCCCUUCUCUUCCCCCAGUUGUUCACUGUGAAGAUAGCCCUGAUUAAAAGAAAAAGUUACUGACACUCCAUAUUCUCUUAAUUUUGGAUUUAAAAAAAAGUCAUGGUAAUAUUGAGUACUUCAGCAGCAGAUUGAUCCAUUUUUAAAAAUGUUCUGUGAAUAUGAGUGAAGUUGUACCUGCAGAAAGGGUAAAUAUUUGUGUCGUUUUUAAAUUAAGUAUUUGAAAUUUGACAUUGAAUGAUUUUUUAAAAAAACGAUUGAUAUUAUGUAUAAACUAGAAUAGUUGUUCAUUCACAAUUUUGUAAAUAUUAAAAAAGUCAAAAAAAUGUA